AUGAGCACCGGCGCUAACACCCUGCAGCAAACAUACGACUUCUCUCCGAUCUCUGUCUUCGAACACCCUGAAGACUUUGGCACGGACUUCACCUCCGACUCGGCUGCUUCUCCCCUAUCGCCACUGUCUCCAGCCCUGUCGGCCAGCUCGUUUGGCUUCGCUACCACGGACAACUGGAAUUCGUGGGACAACACCGAACUCUCUCCUGAGCCCGAGAAUCUGUUUGCCUGCCCCUCAACUUUCGACGCUAUUACCCAGUGCUCGCAAAACCCCCUGAGCCCGGCUAUCAACCCGCUGGAGCUUUCCAUCCCCACCAACGACAACAGCAACAACGACAGCCAAUCACCUCUCUUCCAAUCACAAAACAUGUACGCGAGCCAACAGCAACAUCAGCAGCAGCAGCAGCAGCAGCAGCAGCAGCAGCUUCGGGUUCAGGAACAGCAGCCUCAACAACAGCAACAACAGCCAAUGAUUCCCUUCUCGGCUCCUCAGCCUUCCUCUACGGCUCUCCCCUCCUCCGAUGCCAACCACAAGCGCUACUCCUCCCGCUCCUUGAAGCGGAAAUCUACCAGCUCUGGCUCCGAGGACGAGCCAGCUCAACCGCCUGCCAAGCAGACUUCCCCGCCCUCCACAGCAAACACCUCAACGGCUGCCCAGCGCCGGACUUCGACGUCGAAGGCCAAGGACCCAUCGGCCCUGGGCCCAAAGAAGACGGCUCACAACAUGAUCGAGAAGCGCUACCGCACCAACCUCAAUGACAAAAUCACCCAGCUGCGUGAUGCCGUCCCGGCUCUGCGUAUGAUGGCCCAGCGUGCCAAGAUGCUCGAGCAGGGUGGCAACAUCAACGGUGAGUUCGACGAGCACCUCGACGACGGCCUUGGCCUUGACCACCACUCCUCCCUCGUUGGUGGUGCCGCUAAGCUCAACAAAGCCACUAUCCUCAGCAAAGCCACCGAAUAUAUCCUGCAGCUGGAGCGCCGCAACCAGGGGCUCGAGACCGAAAACUCGGCCCUGCGCGGUCGAAUGGAGGGCUUGGAGAUGAUGCUGAUGAGCGCGGCUGCCGGCAGGGGCCCCGCACCCCCGCAGUACCCGCAACCCAUGCCCCCGCCGAUGCAAGCUCCUCCCCAGAUGCAGAAAGGUGGGCCUAUGCCGGGUAUGGCGCCCGUUGCUGGGGUAUGGAACUAA